AUGGAUGUAUUGGACGAUGAAUGUGGUGGAUGGGUGGGUGGAUGGAUCGGCAGCGGCGCGGAUGGAGUCGUGUGGGGAGGCCAAACCAGUUCCGGCGUCCGAAGGUGCAAGGCCAGGAAGCCCAUGUGCUUGGAGGCUGCCAUCGCAAAGACACCCCGCUUCGCCUUGCCUGCCCGAGAGGCGUCGUCCAGCUCCAUCCCUGUGCGCGACGCACGCAAUACUGUCAGCCUUGAUAUAGCUGUUGAGACGGCGCUCUUGCCCAUCGUGCGAGCGACAGUAGCAGUGGCAUCCCCACCGAGCAUCUUCUCCUCAAAGCGCUUGCCUGAGCUGCGAUGUCGAGGGGCUGUGGGGGGACGAGGCUUGGCGCUGGCAUACCGUGCACGGGCGCCGGCGUGGGAGCGGGUGAGGCUCGAUCCGCAUAUCGCCUCUUUGGGCAUCUGCUGGUUCGAAUUCGCGCUCUUGACCCAGACACUCCUUGACAGCUGCACCCGCUCCAUCACCCGCAUGCCGAUGCGCGCGAGCCAGGCUGGCUCGAGCUCUUCCUUCAACGAUGCAGAUAUUCCCGCUCGUGGCUUGAGGUAG